AUGGAAGAAAACAAAGUUCAGAUCGCUGUUUUAAAUCCCAAAUCCAUAACAAUGGGUCAGCUAUAUGGAGAAUUUGACCCAGUGUCACAUGAAUGGUCAGAUGGUGUCCUAGCAGUGAGCUUCAGAGCAUUUGCUUCUUCCCAAACUCCAGAUAGGAAGUGGCUGGUUUUUGAUGGACCAGUGGAUGCAGUAUGGAUUGAGAAUAUGAAUACUGUGCUUGAUGAUAAUAAAAAAUUGUGCCUCAUGAGUGGAGAGAUCAUCAAAAUGUCACAGCAAAUGAGCCUUAUUUUUGAACCUAUGGAUUUAGAAGUUGCUUCUCCUGCUACUGUUUCAAGGUGUGGUAUGGUCUAUAUGGAGCCCCAUAUGUUAGGCUGGAGACCGUUAAUGAUGUCUUGGUUAAAUACAAUGCAUUCGGGAAUCAGCUCUGUGCAUAAAGAAUUUACAAUAGGCCUGUUUGACAGAAUGGAACUGUCUCCUACUUCAGAUACAAACUUAAUUCGGUCACUAAUGAAUCUGAUGGACUGCAUGAUGGAUGAAUUUGCUGAUGAAGCCAAGGUUAAAGCUAUGAAUGACCAUGACAUUUUCUCCUGGCUUGAGGGUAUUUUUUUAUUUUCACUGAUAUGGUCUGUAGGAGCUAGCUGUAAGGAAGAUGAUCGACUGAAAUUUGACAAAGUUGUGCGAGAAAUGCUUAAUGGACCAAUUAGUGAGGAGAUAAGAGAACGAUACAAAUUGUUGAGCAGUAUUGAUCAACAGCCUUCAAAAGCUUUUACUGUCCCAUUUCCAACAGAAGGAACAAUUUAUGAUUAUCGUUUUGUCAAAAAGGGAGCCGGAAUUUGGGAACCCUGGGUGGAAACACUCAAAUCAGCUCCUCCUAUACGUCAGGAUAUGAUGUUUAAUGAAAUAAUUGUACCAACUCUGGAUACUGUUCGAUACAUGGCAUUGAUGGAAUUGUUGACAGUGCAUCAAAAACCUUCUAUAUUUGUGGGGCCAACAGGAACUGGAAAAAGUACCUAUAUUACUAAUUUUCUUUUAAAUAAUUUGAAUAAAGAAGUCUACAAGCCACUGCUCAUUAACUUUUCAGCACAAACUACAGCAGCUCAGACUCAGAAUAUUAUAAUGUCCAAGCUGGACAAACGGAGAAGAGGAAUUUUUGGACCUCCUCUUGGGAAAAGAAUGGUUGUAUUUGUAGAUGAUGUUAAUAUGCCAGCACGAGAGGUCUAUGGUGCUCAACCGCCUGUUGAAUUACUACGGCAGUGGUUAGAUCACUGGAAUUGGUAUGACCUUAAAGACUGCUCAAUGAUUAAAUUGGUAGAUGUUCAGAUUGUGUGUGCAAUGGGACCACCAGGUGGUGGUCGAAACCCAGUAACACCACGAUUCUUGCGACACUUCAAUACAGUUACCAUUCAUGAGUUUGAUGAUGAAUCCAUGUAUACAAUUUUUUCUAGAAUCUUAGACUGGCAUCUAACAGUGUGCUUUCCAUCACAAUACGUAGAACUGACUCCGCAAAUUAUUAAUGGAACCAUGCAUGUGUAUAAAGAAGCUAUGAAGAAUCUGCUUCCUACCCCAGCCAAAUCUCACUAUUUGUUCAAUCUCCGUGACUUUUCACGUGUUAUUCAAGGUGUUUGCCUGUCAAGGCCUGAAACAACAGAAUCUGCAGGAAUGAUAAAACGUCUCUGGGUUCAUGAGGUUCUUAGAGUGUAUCACGAUCGCUUGGUGGAUAAUUCUGACCGGGCUUGGCUUGUUGGAUUUAUCCAAGAAGUAGUGAAAAAUGACUUACAUGAAGACUUCCAUGAACUUUUCCAGAAUCUGGACUUCAACAAUGAUGGCAGAGUGGAAGAAGACGACUUACGUAGCUUAAUGUUUUGUGAUUUUCAUGACCCUAAGAGAAACGACACUAAAUACAGGGAGAUUAGUGAUGUGGAUCAAUUGAGAUUAGUUGUAGAGAGUCACCUUGAAGAGUUUAACAACAUGAGCAAAAAGCCAAUGCAGCUUGUCUUGUUCCGAUUUGCUAUAGAACAUAUUUGUAGAAUUUCUCGUAUUCUGAAACAGCCUCGCAGCCACGCCCUCCUUGUUGGUGUUGGAGGUAGUGGUCGACAAUCUCUUACUCGAUUAGCAGCCCAUAUGGCUGAAUACAACCUUUUUCAGGUUGAAAUAUCUAAAAGUUAUGGUAUCAAUGAGUGGCAUAAAGACUUAAAAGUCAUACUAAGAAAAUCUACUGAAGGGGAAAUGCAGGGAGUUUUCUUGUUCACAGAUACACAGAUUAAAAAGGAGUCAUUCUUAGAAGACAUUAACAACUUACUAAAUGCAGGUGAAGUGCCGAACCUCUUUGCAGUAGAUGAGAAACAAGAAAUUUGUGAACAAAUGCAUCAAGUAGAUCGCCAGCAGGACAGGACAAAACAGACAGAUGGCAGUCCUAUAGCUCUUUUUAACAUGUUUGUUGAUCGCUGUCGAGAUCAGCUUCAUAUAGUACUGGCAAUGAGUCCCAUUGGAGAUGCUUUCCGUAAUCGCCUUCGUAAAUUUCCAGCUCUUGUCAACUGCUGCACACUAGACUGGUUUCAGACAUGGCCUGAAGAUGCAUUAGAAGCUGUCGCCUCUCGCUUCUUGGAAGAUGUUGAAAUGUCUGAAGAAACUCGAAGUGGGUGUAUUGAUAUGUGUAAAAGCUUUCAUACAUCUACCAUUGUUUUAUCUGACUUAUACCAUGCAGAGCUUCAAAGACACAACUAUGUAACACCUACUUCAUACUUGGAAUUGAUUUCCACUUUUAAAAGUCUACUUGAAAAGAAACGCAGGAAGGUGAUGAAAAUGAAAAGAAGAUAUGAAGUUGGCUUGGAGAAACUGGACUCUGCUGCAUCUCAAGUAGCCUUGAUGCAGUCUGAGCUGGAGGCUCUGCAACCUCGGUUACGGGAAGCUAGCAAGCAGGUUGAUGAGAUGAUGGUCGUUAUUCAGAAAGAAUCUUUGGAAGUAGCGAAAACUGAAAAAGUUGUGAAAGCUGAUGAAGCAGUGGCAAAUGAGCAGGCUAUGGCUGCAAAAGCCAUUAAAGAUGAAUGUGAUGCUGACUUAGCACAAGCCAUGCCUUGUUUAGAAAGUGCUCUGGCUGCCCUUGACACUCUCACUGCGCAGGAUAUUACAGUGGUUAAGUCCAUGAAGAGUCCUCCUGCUGGUGUCAAGCUUGUAAUGGAAGCUAUAUGCAUCCUUAAAGGCAUCAAAGCAGAUAGGAUUCCCGAUCCAACAGGUUCUGGAAAAAAAAUUGAGGAUUUCUGGGGUCCUGCUAAGAGACUUCUGGGUGACAUAAGAUUUCUUCAGUCUCUUCAUGAGUAUGACAAGGAUAACAUUCCCCCAGCUUACAUGGCUAUCAUAAGAAAACAGUAUCUUACAAAUCCUGAGUUUGUACCAGACAAGAUUCGAAAUGCUUCCAUGGCAGCAGAGGGUCUGUGCAAAUGGGUCAUAGCCAUGGAGUUCUAUGAUACAGUGACAAAAAAUGUUGCACCUAAAAAGCUAAAGUUGAAUCAAGCUGAAGGAAAAUUAAAGAUUGCUAUGGAUGGUUUAAGAAAGAAACAAGCAGACCUGAAGGAGGUUCAAGAUAAAUUGGCUGUACUCCAACAGACACUGGAAUCCAAGAAACAGGAGAAGGCUGACUUGGAAAAUCAGGUUGACUUAUGCAGCAAAAAACUACAGCGAGCAGAACAAUUGAUUGGUGGCCUUGGGGGUGAGAAAACUCGCUGGCAUGAGACUGCUUUGGAGCUGGGAAGGCAGUACAUCAAUUUGACUGGAGAUAUACUUAUUUCGUCAGGAAUUGUAGCUUACCUAGGAGCCUUUACAUCCAGCUACAGACAAAUGCAAACCAAAGAAUGGGUAUUGCUAUGUAAAACAAAAAACAUUCCUUGUUCUGAUGAUUUUUCCUUAAUAAAUACCCUGGGAGAACCAGUGGAGAUCAGAGCUUGGAAUAUUGCUGGACUACCUUCUGACAUGUUUUCUGUUGAUAAUGGCAUCAUUAUCUCCAAUGCAAGAAGAUGGCCUCUGAUGGUAGAUCCUCAGGGUCAAGCAAAUAAAUGGAUAAAGAACAUGGAAAAAGCCAAUAGUUUGCAUAUAAUCAAACUCAGCGACCCUCAAUUUGUUACAACACUGGAAAAUUGCAUUCAGUUUGGCAGUCCUGUGCUACUGGAGAAUAUUGGAGAAGAACUUGAUCCUAUCCUAGAGCCGCUUUUGCUCAGACAGACAUUUAAGCAGUCAGGGACUAUGUGCAUUUGCCUUGGAGACUCCACUAUUGAGUAUGCUCCUGAAUUCCGCUUUUAUAUUACAACUAAGCUGAGAAAUCCACAUUAUCUUCCUGAAACAUCUGUUAAGGUAACAUUAUUGAACUUCAUGAUAACUUCAGAAGGAAUGCAGGAUCAGCUGCUUGGAAUUGUAGUUGCAAGAGAAAGGCCAGAUCUUGAAGAAGAAAAACAAGCCCUCAUCCUUCAAGGGGCUGAGAAUAAAAGGCAGCUAAAAGAAAUAGAAGACAAGAUUUUAGAAGUUCUUUCAGCCUCAGAAGGAAAUAUUUUGGAGGAUGAAACUGCUAUUAAGAUAUUGUCUUCUUCCAAAGUUCUGGCUAAUGACAUUUCUGAAAAGCAAGCUGUAGCUGAAGAGACAGAAAAGAAGAUUGAUGCUACUCGUAUGGGCUAUCGUCCUAUAGCUAUCCAUUCGUCGAUCUUGUUUUUUUCUAUUGCUGAUCUAGCCAACAUUGAGCCAAUGUACCAGUAUUCACUCAUGUGGUUUAUUAACCUUUUCAUCAUGUCUAUAGAUAAUUCAGAGCAAUCAGAAGUUUUACAAACAAGGUUGAAGAUUCUCAAGGAUCAUUUUACUUACUCACUUUAUGUCAAUGUCUGUCGCUCCCUCUUUGAAAAGGACAAGCUGCUCUUCUCUUUUUGUCUAACUGUGAAUCUCCUGAAAAAUGAAAGAUUGAUUACUGAGAAUGAGUGGAAAUUUCUGUUGACUGGAGGCAUAGGUUUGGACAAUCCCUUUCCUAAUCCAUGUACCUGGCUUCCUCCAAAAUCAUGGGAUGAAAUUUGUCGACUGGAAGAUUUGCCAAGCUUCACAAACAUUAGUAAGGAUUUUACACAACUGAAGGAUGAAUGGAAAUUGGUAUAUGACAGCUUGGUUCCCCAGCAUGAGGAUUUUCCUGCAGAGUGGCAACACAAGUUGGGGGAAUUCCAAAGGAUGCUCAUCAUUCGCUGCCUGAGACCUGACAAAAUAAUACCAAUGGUGCAGGAAUUUAUCAUUCAUAACCUGGGACGUCCAUUUAUUGAACCACCUCCAUUUGAUUUGUCAAAAGCAUUUUCUGAUAGUCACUCUUGUGUACCACUGAUAUUUAUUCUUUCUCCUGGUGCCGACCCCAUGGCAGCCCUUGUUAAGUUUGCUGAUGAUCAGGGAUACGGUGGUACAAAGCUUAAGUCUCUGUCGCUUGGUCAAGGCCAAGGCCCAAUAGCCAUGAAAAUGAUAGAGAAGGCAGUAAAGGAAGGAACAUGGAUAGUUCUGCAAAAUUGCCAUCUAGCAAGUUCAUGGAUGCCAAUACUGGAAAGAGUCUGUGAGGAGCUAAACCCUGAUACAACACAUCCAGAUUUCCGAAUUUGGCUCACCAGUUACCCAUCUGCCACUUUCCCGGUGUCUGUACUUCAGAAUGGAGUGAAGAUGACUAAUGAAGCACCAAAAGGUUUACGGGCCAAUAUAAUUCGGUCGUACCUGAUGGAUCCAAUAUCUGAUCCUGGCUUUUUUGACAGCUGCAGAAAACCGGCUGAGUUUAAGACAUUGCUGUACGGCCUCUGCUUCUUCCACGCGCUGGUGCAAGAAAGGCGGAAUUUUGGGCCGUUGGGUUGGAACAUUCCAUACGAGUUCAAUGAGACUGACCUGCGCAUCAGCGUGCAGCAGCUGCACAUCUUCCUCGACCAGUACGAGGAGGUGCCAUACGAUGCUCUUCGCUACAUGACUGGAGAAUGCAAUUAUGGCGGCAGAGUCACUGAUGAGUGGGAUCGGCGUACGCUCCGUAGUGUUCUAAACAUGUUCUUCUCCUCGGACAUCAUUACAAAUGUAGAUUAUAAAUUUGAUCCAAGUGGCCUUUAUUUUGCUCCUCCUGAAGGAGACUACCAAAGCUAUAUUGAAUAUACGAAGACACUUCCACUGAAUCCUUCCCCAGAGAUAUUUGGAAUGAACGCAAAUGCUGAUAUUACCAAGGAUCAGUCAGAAACACAACUGCUAUUUGAUAACAUUCUUCUUACACAGUCUCGGGCAUCUGGUGGUGGUGCAAAAUCCACUGAUGAAGUUGUUCGUGAAGUCACAGGUGACAUCCUGAGCAAACUUCCUCCAGAUUUUGACAUUGAAGCAGCAAUGAGAAGAUAUCCAACCACUUACACUCAAAGCAUGAAUACUGUGCUUGUCCAAGAGAUGGGACGCUUUAACAAGCUAUUGCAGACAAUACGGGACUCCUGUGUUAACAUCCAAAAAGCAAUAAAGGGCCUAGUAGUGAUGUCUGCUGAACUGGAAGAAGUGGUAAACAGCAUUCUGAAAGGCAAAAUUCCAGGACUAUGGAUGAGUAAGUCUUAUCCAAGCCUCAAGCCUCUGGGCAGCUAUGUGACUGACUUCCUUAAUAGACUCAAGUUCUUACAGCUGUGGUAUGAAAAUGGAACUCCACCAGUCUUCUGGAUCUCAGGAUUCUUCUUCACUCAAGCAUUCUUAACAGGUGCCCAGCAGAACUAUGCUAGAAAAUACACCAUUCCAAUAGACCUACUGGAAUUUGACUAUGAAGUGCUGGAAGAUAAGGAAUAUGAAAUUGCUCCUGAGGAUGGGGUCUACGUUCAGGGAUUGUUCUUGGAUGGAGCACGCUGGAACAGGCACACUAAAAAGCUGGGAGAAUCUCAUCCAAAAAUCCUCUACGAUACAGUACCUGUGAUCUGGCUAAAGCCGUGUAAGAGAGCAGACAUUCCACAGCGACCAAGUUACCUGGCCCCAGUGUACAAGACCAGCGAGAGAAGAGGGAUCCUGUCAACUACAGGGCAUUCCACCAACUUUGUCAUCGCGAUGACUCUCCCUUCAGACAAACCGCAAGAACACUGGAUCAGACGGGGUGUGGCUUUACUAUGUCAGCUUAACUCAUAA